GGAGGGGGACUAUGGGGCUCUGAGGGAGGUGCACCCCGCCGCACCGAGCUGCUCACCCACCGUCCCCGGUCGGAGCGGGAGGCGCCGCAGCGCUCGGGCUCGCGGCUCGGGCUCGGGGCCGCGACAGGCCCAGCUGCUGUCCCGAGAGGCGGAGAAGGCGUAGGGGAAAAAAAGAAAAUAGAAGUUAUCAAGAUGAGUAAAAAGCCUCCAAGUCGUCCAGGGAUCACGUUCGAGAUUGGUGCUCGUUUGGAAGCACUGGACUACUUACAAAAAUGGUAUCCAUCUCGCAUUGAGAAAAUAGACUAUGAAGAGGGAAAGAUGUUGGUCCAUUUUGAACGUUGGAGUCAUCGCUAUGAUGAGUGGAUUUAUUGGGACAGCAAUAGAUUACGACCCCUGGAAAGACCAGCACUAAGGAAAGAAGGGCUAAAAGAUGAUGACGAAUUUGUUGAUUUUAAAGCUGGAGAAGAGGUGCUAGCUCGUUGGACAGACUGUCGAUAUUAUCCUGCUAAGAUUGAAGCAAUUAACAAGGAGGGAACCUUCACAGUACAGUUCUACGAUGGAGUUAUUCGAUGCCUAAAAAGGAUGCAUAUCAAAUCUAUGCCUGAGGAUGCCAAAGGGCAGGCGCGCGAGAGGGAGCAGAUAGCGCCGGAGCUGAGAUUAGUGACGGAAAUCGAACCAAAAGAAGAUUGGAUAGCUUUGGUCAAAGCUGCUGCUGCAGCAGCAGCCAAGAACAAAGCAGGCAGUAAACCUCGGACCAGUGCAAACAGCAAUAAAGAUAAAGAGGAGAGAAAAUGGUUUAAAGUACCUUCAAAGAAGGAAGAAACCUCAACCUCUACAAUCAUGCAGGAAGUACAGAAAAAGGAAGAGGAGCCUACAUCUAGUGAACCAUUUGUAGGAUUCCCAAUAGUGGAUGUUCCAAAGAUGGCGUUUGUGCGGGCAGAGAGCACAUUAUCGCACAAGAGGAAAAGUAAUCUAGGCAGCUCAUUUCAGGCAAAGAGAGCUCGUCUUAACAAGAUCACUGGUUUGUUGGCAUCCAAAGCUGUUGUUGUGGAUGGUGCUGAAAAAAAGGAAGGCAACAAAGAAACAGCUCCAGUCCUGGAGCAGGAGAUUUCACCUAAACCUCAAAGUCAGAAAAAAAAUGAAGCUGAUAUUAGCAGUUCUGCCAACUCUCAGAAACCUGCACUGUUAUCCUCAACUUUGUCUUCAGGAAAGGCUCGCAGCAAGAAAUGCAAACAAGAAUCUGGAGAUUCUUCUGGGUGUAUAAAGCCCCCUAAAUCACCACUUUCCCCAGAGUUAAUACAAGUCGAGGAUUUGACGCUGGUCUCUCAGCUUCCUUCUUCUGUGAUAAAUAAAACUAGUCCGUCACAACCAGUGAAUCCCCCUAGAUCCUACAAAUAUAGCCAGAGGAGAAGAAGAUCACAGCGGUUAGCCACUUGCUCGUUGCCUGAUGAGUCUAUACAAAAAGUUCCUUCUCCCUCUCCAGUCACUGAUGGAAAAGUGUUCUCCAUCAGUGCUCAAAAUCAACAGCCAUCAAUAUCAGAGGUACCUGAUGUUGCUCAUAUGUCACUUGAGAAGCGUGGACCAUGUCUCCCUCUUGACUUAAGCCGUAGUUUGGAAGUUACAGCGCCAUUAUCCACAGAGUCCACUUUCCGUAAUGAGUACCCCAGUAAAGAAAAGGAAGAUACUCAGAUGAUUACAUAUCAUUCUUCCAAAGCAAUAACUGAUGGAAGAGUAGCUACAACAGCGUCAGUACCCUCAUCCCAUGUACAUGCCUUACAUCUGGAAAUGCCUUUAACCAAUAGCCUAAAGUUACCCAAAGGGAAUAGUGAAAAAAAGAGGUCCUCCACGUCAGUCAGCUCUGACGGGACAGAGAUACAGUUCUCUGUGCCUGUAGAGGAGAAAUGUUUUGAGAAUCUGCAGGAGAAAAUGUUAAAGAAGGUCAUUGAGAAGGACAAGCAUUCAGAAGUUGGUAUAUUGAAAACUGAAAAAAAAGUGAAAUUGGAAGAGAAAAGCUCAUCAUCAUUUGGUAAAAAGAAGGAAAAAGAUAAAGAGAGAAAAGAGAAAAAGGAAAAAGAUCAUAAAUCAAAACAGAAGAAGAAGAAGAAAAAGAAGAAGAAAUCUAAACAGCAUGAUUAUUCGGAUUAUGAAGAUAGUUCUCUUGAGUUUUUGGAAAGGUGUUCCUCUCCACUCACACGUUCUUCUGGGAGCUCUCUGACUCUGCGAAGUAUGUUUACAGAGAAGAACACGUCAUACCAGUAUCCGAGAGCCAUUCUGUCUGUUGACCUGAGUGGAGAAAACCUCUCGGAUAUGGAGUUCUUAGAUGAUUCCUCCACGGAAAGCCUAUUACUGAGUGGUGAUGAAUACAAUCAGGACUUUGAUUCAACCAAUUUUGAAGACUCUCAGGAUGAAGAGGAUGCUCUCAAUGAAAUUGUUAGAUGCAUUUGUGAACUGGAUGAGGAAAAUGGCUUCAUGAUUCAGUGUGAAGAAUGCCUGUGCUGGCAACAUAGUGUAUGUAUGGGAUUAUUAGAGGACAGCAUUCCAGAGCAGUACAUCUGUUAUAUCUGCAGGGACCCACCAGGUCAGAGAUGGAGUGCCAAGUAUCUUUACGAUAAGGACUGGUUGAACAAUGGGCAUAUGUGUGGAUUAUCAUUUUUAAAAGAAAACUACUCUCACCUUAAUGCCAAAAAGAUAGUGUCAACACACCACCUGCUGGCUGACGUGUAUGGUGUAACUGAAAUUCUACAUGGACUGCAGCUGAAGAUUGGGAUACUAAAAAAUACACAUCACCCUGAUCUUCAUCUUUGGGCUUGCUCAGGGGUGCGAAAAGAACAAGAGCAAGUGACAUUUGGCGUAGAGAAGAAAAUAGUGACUUUGCCAGAUACUGUUAAUCCAUCUGAAAGGACAUGUCACAAUCAAAGCCAUAAAGAACCACCCCCUAGCUUACCACAGAAGAUGGAAGAAACAUAUAUUAUAAGCGAGCACAGUUACCAGAAACCACAGAGUUUUGGUCAGGACUGCAAAUCAGUUACUGACCCCGUGAGCUCAGAUGAUGAAGAUAUGAGUAGUUUUGAGGAAGAUCAGGAAUUUUGUUCAGAUGAUAAAAACUGUUUGCAAUAUUCUUUAAAAGAAGAUGGCAUGAGUGAGCAGAAGAACGCUGCUGAAGGAAAUGUGGUAUGUACUUGUAAUGAAAAAAAAGGAUCAGAAGAACAAGUGGAUUCACAUCUUCAAUGGCAGCUAAAUCUCCUGACCCACAUAGAGAAUGUACAGAAUGAAGUCACCAGCAGAAUGGACCUUAUUGAAAAGGAAGUUGAUGUUUUAGAAAGUUGGCUUGACUUCACUGGAGAGCUGGAACCGCCAGAUCCUCUUGCAAGACUGCCUCAACUCAAGCGACGUAUCAAACAGCUCUUAAUUGACAUGGGGAAAGUACAGCAAAUAGCCGCGCUGUGCUCUGUAUGACAAAAGGAAGAAUAAAGGAAUAAAAAUAGGCUCUCUGCGGUGAAUUUUCUUAUUAGCCACAAGACUGGCAGGAGGACAGCAAAAAGCUGGAUAUUUGUCUGGUUCUGUGCUGAUUACAUUUUUAGCCUGACACUUUGGAGAAAGGAAAGGAAAUCUAGAGUAAGGAAAUUGACACUGAAAAGCUAAAUACGCUAUGUUCAAGUUGCAAAUUACAAUGUCACAUAUUGAGGAACAGUGAUAUGGUCUACAAUAUGACAAAUAAGACAUGUGAAGUGGCAGAAUUUCACCUUCAGGUCAUACAAGAAGGUUCAAGAAAUCUCUGCAAUGGAAGAUGCUAUAAUUUUGUAGUCAGUAGCAGAAAGAGCCAAACUAAAAUGUCAGUGGGAAAAACAUACAUCCGUAAUUAUUUUUUCUCCCAUUGCUAGUGAAAAUACAGACACAGAGAGAUCCAUAUCCUCUCUACAGUUGGUCCACCCCCAAAGUUUUAGGCAGAUAACCGAUCUUUUGCAGCCGAUGAACUAUUUCUUGUCUAAUUAGUGUUAUUCAGGAAAAUGAAAACAUUUGCUUCACUUUUGAAAGAAACCGUAUGUGGUGGUCUCCUUAUAAAUUAUUUUUUUUUAAAUGGAAAUCCUCAUUACAGCACCCUUAGGCUCUUUUAAAAAUGUAAGUGGCAAACAGUGGUCAGAUGUGCCAAAUAAUACUAAAACCACUGAGAUGACAGUUGGAAGAUAUUGAAAUAUCUGAAGAGUUUUUUUCAAAGUUCUACCUGAUGCCAGCAAUCCAUCCAAAAUUGUAUCUAGUUUAUAUUUUUUUACGUUCUAUUGCAGUAUUCAGGAUUCAAAGUACAUUUUUGUCCUGGAUAGUUCAGCUUGGUGUUAGCCCUCUGAAUCCUUUACCAACCUCAUCUGGGAUGAGGAAUGACGAGAGCAGAAAAAUUGCUUGUUUGUGGCUGUGAAUUACUAAACCACUAGAUUGAAUAUCGCAAAGAUGCAUUAUCUAAAAUGUUUUUAUAAAACUUUUAGCUUCAGUCAUAAGUGAGUAAAACAUCAUGAAACCAAAGGCAACCUAGUUGCUCUGUUAGCUCUUGCUGGAUUUUGAGCGCAGGACCUUCUCUUUGCCUGUGCUCAUGUAAGUUGUCACUGCACCCAGUGCUACAUAUGCGUGUGUAGGUAUAUGUGAAUAUACACGCACAUUCAUAUGUACAUACUAUAUACAUAUUUAUAUCUACACAUGUCUAGUUUUAUUACUAUAGACUAUAAGAACUGGUGGUUAACAUGAAAUGUUACCUUUUAACAUGCAGUUUAUAAAAUUGAAAAUAAUGUAUGUACAGGUUUUGGAGUUUGUAAAAUAUGACUGUUAAAAGGAGGCUAUUUAAUUGAUGACAUAAGAUACUUGAACAUUUUAUGCCUCACAACUGUUUAUCAGUUCUAGUUUUCUGUAUAAAUGCAUUUUAGAACCGAUAGACAGUAAACUUGAAUUUACCUUUUGAUAAGAGUACAAGCCACUGUACAUUCAAAAAUUAUUUAAAUUUGCAAACACACUGUUCUAUAUGUAAGGUACUGUAUGUAAAACUGUUUAUUAAAACUAUUCUGCAUACUCUACAUUUUCCACUUUUCUUGUCCUAUACAGAAAUGUAAAAAAGUGAUUAAAAUAAUGUACAGACCAUAAACAACUCGAAUUUUUUGAAUGCCUGUUGAGGAUUCAGACAGUUGAAAAAUGUGCCAAAGAUGGAUUGUGUACAAAAGAUGUUGAAACUAGUGUUUUGAGCUUUUAUCAUAAAACCAUUAUUGAGAGAGAAAGUAGCAUGCCCGGGUGCUUAUUGAAAAAUGCCUACACUAAAGUCUCUAAUUUAUCUGUCAUGUCUGAAGUAAGUUAAUGCUGUUAAUAUUUUAACUCUAAAGCAAAUGUGUCAACGUCAGUUAUAGAAUUAUACCUAUUUAAAAGGUCUCUUCAACAGCAGUUACCACACCAUUGUAUCGGAGAUGUUACAGCUCUGUAUUAAUUCCAAAACUCAACUCAAUCUUAAUUCUAUAGCAGGGAUUGGCACCUCCAUAAUUUAAAGAGGAAAUACAGUAACAGGAAUCUGUAAAGGAAUGUUGACUUUUUUUAUGGCAACCACUAUUAUGUUUAACAAAAUGCCCUGAUGUUUUAUACAGUAUAAUUUGAUGCUUAAAUAACUACUUAAGACACGUUUCACAGUAUUAACAGCUGUUGAAAGUGAUCUGCUUGCUCUUUGGAUAUGCAAGAUACUGUUAUAUAGUAUUCACUUGCUUCAUAUCCUUAAAUGUGGUACUAUGUGUACUGUAUAGAAUAAAUGUAAAUCUUAAUACACAAUUUGAAAUGAAGUAUAUAGUAUUUACAUAAUAUAUACAGUAUAUACUGGUGCUAUGUUAUACAAUGCGUGUAUGCAUGUUUGUGAUACCAUAUAACUGUAAAUGUAAUGAACAGAGAGAUGGACUGAGAUUUUAAAGUUGUAGGAAGGAGGUUCCAUGCUUUGGGCCCAUCACAGCAAAGUUAUAAUGAGUUGUGAGAAUAUUAUCCCUAAAAGGUGGCUGUUGUAUGAGCUGAGGACCCAGAGGUGGUCUCAGAUGCAGGUGCUAGGAGGUGGGCACUGAUGUAGCCAGGGCCUACACUUUUAAAUAUAUAUAUUACAUAUAAAAAACUACUGUCAAGUAUUGUAUGGUUUCAAAGUUAAGUAAUCAAAAGUUAGGCAAUGUCUGAAUUAAGGUUGCCUAUGCAAUUCAGCCUUCUUCUGCCAUAUGCAUUGUGUUAGUCUUUUAACUUGGAAGGUGUCACUUUUUUUUAACCCCACAGGACCCUGCCUCUUUCAAUGCACAGGAUAGGUAGUGCCCCCUGAAUGAGUAACUUUUCCAUAUUUCUGUUUAUCUUCGUUCAUUUGGUAGUCAAAUACAUAAUAUUAUUUACCACCUACCAUUUAAACCCUGCAAUGCAUACAAAAUUAUUCAUUUCUUCAUGGACUUUUCUAUGGCACACAUCACUGUAGUGUCAGAAUGCUUCACAAACUUUAAGGUCACUUGGUAUCAUCAACCCCACUUUAAAGAUGUGAAACUGAGUAAUAGAGAGAUUAAGGCUAAAAUUGUCAGGCGCCCAACUUGUGAAACACUUGGGGCCUGAUUUUUUUCAGAGCAUUUUUAUAGCACUUUAUGUGGUCAGAGCAUGCACUGACUUCACUUAUGGUUGUAAGUGCUCAGCACUUCUGCAAAUCAGGCCCCAGAUGUUCCUUGGUGGGCACCUAGAAAGAGAGAGAAUCACAAUUAGUGGCCAUCUGUGAAUUUUGGUUUAAGUGACAUAGGAACUCUGGCAGAAUCGGGGAUAGGUUCCAAUUCUCAGAAUGUCAUCCAAUUGUCUUGUUCAUAAGACUAUCCUUUCCCAUCCUGCAGUCCUUUGCCUCAUUCGCCACAUGCCUUCCAGCUUCCUAAUCAAAUGAAACAGGCAUCUUACAAACAGCUGCCUCAUUCACUACACAACUGAUUCAUUCCCAAAGCACCAUCUGCGCUGUGCACUGAACAAGGCAGAAGUGCGGGGGGAAAAAUAGUAUGUGAUGCCAUAACUAAAGACUUUCACAAUGCAUGUGUACAAAGGGACCAAAUUAAGGUUACACAAGCUUAAUUCUGCAGUUUUCUAACUUCAGGAUGCUUGACUUUGCCGUCUUUUAUAGUGUUCUUUUAAUGUAGUUUUUUAACUUAGUUUUUUUAAAAAGCAAGGAGGAAAAAAACAAACAGGAAUUCCAUCAUACGGAGCCAUACUGUGACACAGCCAGGGCUACUCAGCAGUGCUGGAACCUUUACAUCCACAGCAGACUUCUGCCACUUGAGCUGAUAGCGUAACGACUAAUAGUAGUUGGCCGUUAUCAUCUCUGAACCAGCCGCUAAGGAAGGUGAGAGACUUUGCAAGUGGGUUUCACGGGUAUUUGCUAGACAGCGAAUGUUGGGACUUGAUCCCUGUGUUCUGUUUGACAUUUGAGAGGGGAAAAUUUUCAAGUGCAUACAGCCUCUUCUGCCCGUUUCCCCCACUUCCCAGCUUGACCCUUUUUGCUCAUCUGCUAGUAUGUCCCCUUGUUACCUUGUUUCUUUGCUCCUGUCCAUCCUCUAGCUUACACCUGUUUCCCCUCCACUUGCCCCUGCCAGCCCUCAGCUCCUCAGCCAUGUGCAGUUGAGUUAGGCUGUGUCCUCCUCCUGUUGCCGGGGUGUCGGCUGGGAAACCAUUUCAAACACUGGAGAGAAGAUUUCCAUGUUUUGUUCUGGUGCCUGGAGGGGAGGCAGGAGGCAAUUGUAGGGAAAGUUCUGCUCCAUCCCUGCAUUCUUGGGCUGGAGCAUGCUCAGUGAGCUCAGAAAGGUGGAGCAUGCACAGUGUAAACAGAAUCUUCUGAGAUUAUUGUUAGGUAGGUCUCUAAUAAACCUCUGCUGAGCACAUGCACAGGGUGACUUUGAGGCUUAUAACUUGGCCAAAUUUGGAUGGAUUUUCACUGCAAUAAACAUCUUUCUGACACUCCUCCCUUGCCAAAUUCCUAGCCCUUGCUCCAAGGCAUAGAAGCUCCAGAGCAGUGGUGGGCAACCUGCGGCCUGUCAGGGUAAUCCACUGGCAGGUUGUGAGACAGUUUGGUUGCAUCGACCGUCUGCAGGCACUGCCACCCGCAGCUCCCAGUGGCCUCAGUUUGCUGUUCCUGGCCAAUGGGAGCUGCGGGAAGCAGCAGCCGGGCUGCAGCUUGCUCACUACUGCUCUAGAGCUUCUCAACUAAACUGCUAUAAGGAUUUUUUAACAUGAGCAAAAUAAUAUAAUUUCAUAUAACUUUGAUCUCAGAAACCAACUAUUUUGAUGAAAGGUUUAAAAAAAUCAGCCUGAGGCAGACAGACCCCUGGCAUGGAGAAUUUCAGCCUGGAUGGUUAAGGUUUGCAGUUAUAAGCUUCUGAAAAUAGGUCUUUUUAAUUGGAAAUGCUGGGCAGCCUUAACUUUAUUGCAAGUCCUGAUGGGUAUAUACGUUCUCACACACUUGCCUGUAGUGAUCCUACCCUCAUACCACAAUGUACCUUUGCUGGGGCGAGUCCCAAACAUGGAACCUCUUUUCUACCCUGCCUCCACUUUACACUUUGUGAAAUCUUUCAGGAUCUUCCCUCCUUUUAGAGAGCAUUUAUUAAAGUCAAGAGGUUUUUUUAUUUGGGGGAUGACCAUUGCUCCUGUAUUUUAUUUUACAUUUUUUUCUUUUGUAUUGAGUCAUCAUGUAAUGGGUUUAAUUGAUCACUUUAACAAGGGUGAUUUUUGUUACAAUGCUUUCAUGUAUAUUUAAAAAUGGUUUUAUUAUGCUAUGUGGUGUCCCAAACAUUGGGGAUGGGGGUGGUGUCUUUAGCAAUAAGCAUUAUAUACACUGUGUGUAUUUGUUAUACUUGGAGAAUAGGUAUGGAGCACUUGACAAUAGUGGAAAAUACACUAGAAUAAAGAAAAGAGUGUUUGGCAGACAUUCUGCACCAGCCUGGGCAACUCAUAACUACUGGAAAAAUGUGAAAUAGUGCAGAAAACAUGAAUAUAAUAAACUUCCAAAACAUGCCAUAUAAUCAAGACAGUGUAUGUGCAUUUGGGAUGCUGUUAACAGUAGAUGAGUUAACAGUUUUCUAGGGAUUGGGUGAUUAACUAAAAUCUAGUCUAAUGCAAAUUAAGUGAUUAAACACCUACUCAGUCUUUUUUAGACUUGCUCACAGCCGUCUCCAUUCAGUUAGUGCCUCUCAAUGCAUUGUCACUGAAAGGUCUGAGAGGGGCAGCACUGAGCUGCUUGAUCUUCCAUGAGAGAAGCAAGAUAUUUUCUUUUAUGGUUUGUUUUAUAAUAGCAAUAAUGUUGAUUGCAUUCUAAUAUACUCACAAUAAAGGCCUAUUGAGACUGGUUAA